AUGGCGCGUAGAGUUUCUUUCUUCUUGGUGCACCACCGGCUCCUGAACCUCUUCUUCCAAGCCACAGUCGACGUGUGGCGUACAGUUGAAGCCUCGCACCAGACAAGGGACUGCUCCCACUCUACUGAGCAGGAGCGUGAGGAUCAAUUAUACGACCCCGAGGACCGGAAUAAUUUUUAUAGCCGGAACAUGAACAAAUACGUUUCUCUGCAGACGAGUACACAGAGAAAUCCGCUGCAUGGCCAGAAGGAAGCAUUAAAAGAUAAGUUUCUAAAGUUAAGGCUGUCUUGACGGGGGGAACUAGCUACUUGGAGCGGGUGGUCGCCAUCAUCAAGGAACUUCAAAGCGACCCCUCUUCCAUCACCCCCGAGAAGGAAGCUUUAAGAAAGGCAGUGCAGGACGCUGCUCACGAUCCUUUAACUUUGGAACCAUACGACAAAACAGCCGAGCUAGUCUUGGUAAAUACAGUGGUGGCUGUGAGAAGGAUUCCUGGUGGAGCGGGACGGACGAGAUAUACACAUACUACAGCAGGCACAAAUCGAAUACGUCAGCCGCAUCAAGAAACAGAUGAAGAUGAUGGAACUUCACGUGGUCAACCACAAGAAUUUCGCUUGGUUCCUCGUAUGUUAAGACCAGUAGGCAAUCACUAUCUGGUGCAAGGUACUAUCGUCCUGACUGAUGUGAGGUCCCCCUUACAAUUUUCAGGAGACGUAUCUUGAUUGAGGUCCCCCUUUCUCAUAAUUGGCAGGGGAAACCAAUCACAGGGAGGGGAAACAAAGGAAAGCAAUUCACUCAACUUCCAUGGAUACUGAUUCCUUACAGUGUUUCUAAGCAUGGUAGACGGGAAAAUGUUAAAGAAGCAUUGUGACCUGAGGCACUGGUCCGCUUUUGACCACGACGAGGGUCAACUUGUAGACUUUCGUCAAUAUAAUACCUACGACCCCCCGCGGGCGCGGCUACAGCGGCUGCAGGAGAGCAAGUGUGCCUGUCAAGACUUCGAGAACAGCAUCGUCGAGGUCGCGGAGGAUCGAGAUCGCUACUUUGGAGCACUGGCAGAGGCUAAUGUUAAGGAGGUUCUUCUUAGGUAUUUGUGAUUCAUCUCUGUGUCUGGGGACAUGAUGAUAGAUACUUAGUACUUCUAUGAUAGUAGAGUAGUAAAAAAUCCACCUUCACAUAUUCCGAUAUAUUCUUCCACGGAAACUUUCACGGCGCAGAGAUGAACCAGUAGUACCAGUAUGUAUGAACAAAAGGUCUGUCUAAGAUCAAAGCAAGACGAGCAGCGGGUGAAGACGCUAACCUGGAGGAUAGGUAUAGCUUGACAUCAGUAGAUUAUGCUGGUUUAGGCGGUAAUGAUGACCAUGUGGUAUGGCUUUAUUCCUCAGAUGAGGAAGAGCCAGCAGCUCCUGCACCUUCAAUCCCACUAUCUGCUUCGAAGCAGGCAUCCACUCUCGGCUUCGAACAGGGUUUUUACGGCUUCAUUUCGGGACUAGCACAAGCGCUAUCUUCUGGAUUGCCAGAGGAGCUGUUCGCAACGGCGCCUACGCUUGGGGGUUCGAGUUCAUCCGCGUCUUCAGGAGCCUCGGCCGCGUCGUCCUCCUCUGCAAGCGCUGCGCCUGCACAAUCUACGAGCAUGAGAAUUUUCAGCACGAUGGAUCGAGUGACAGAAAAGCGAAAGAAGGCAUUGCAGGAAGAGAUCAAGCACGUCAUCGGUCAGGGGAUCCGGGACCCCACUGGGCAUUCACGAGAAGCAAUGGAGAGAACGCCAACGAUCUUGAUGUGGCCCCUGAAGAAUUCAAUUCUUCCCGUUUUCGAAAAACUUAUUUAUGCACCACGCCGACGUGACGAAGACGAAGGACAACUAGGCAGUGGUCACCACAUGCGCAUCUCCUCGACUUCGACGAGAGGAAGGACAGGAGGCCUUCUCUCCUGGGUUGGAAGAACUGCACUUCGUGGUGGACAGAGUCCUCGUAGUACGAGAGAGCGAGGAGGAGUCGCUACAAGGGUUGAUGCUUCAUCAAGUGGAUCUUCUUCUUGGUCUUCUUCAAGUGGAUGCAACCACGUAAGUGGAUACAACCACGUUCUUACACCAGCAAAAAGUGCGAUGUCCGAUUCCGAUGAUAUGCCCCUUACGCCCGCGACGGUGGAAGAGCGUCUUUUCCAUCACUAUUUGCAGCAGAUGGAUGAGGAUGACGUCGAAAGGAGGUCCACCUCAGAGUCACGCACAUCUUCGCGAAAGCGCAAACGCGAUGCGAGAGAGUCCUCUACGUCCAACGACAAUCAUGUUGUAAAAAUCCGCAUUCCUGAUGAGUUUCUCUGUGGCAAGCGUUGGAACGCACCAAAGAGCGAACACAUUCUCUGCCUCUUUCCGGUGAUUGAUCCUGAGGGAAUCGUAUACACAUUGAACUACGAACCGCCAAAUGACUUGUUCAAAUCGGCAAAUGACUUGUGGCUGGACGCGGAAAAUAUCGCACCCAGUUUCGAUGUGACAAGCAACAACAGCCGAGUGGUACAGCCGUACUUAUGGCUUUGACAAACGCACAUAGAGGCAUUUUUCACGAAAUCAGGUCAAUGCUGCAAGUCAAAAAAGGUUUUUCUUCAGAUGUGCAUGAUUCCCAGAUCAUUUCUACUCUUGGGAUUAUAUGUCAUCUAUUUUUUUUUAAUACAUGUUUCAACUACCAUCAAUAACAUACAAUCUUAAAAAAAUAAACUAGAACUAACCGAGUUACUGACAUGCUUAAAUUUCAGUUUUUCGAAUAGAAAGUCUAAUGUAUGGAGUAGACAACGACCCACUGCGCUGGCGAAGGGAUUUGAUGAAUGAAAAUACUGCAGAAGCGCUAGAAGAGUACAAACACGAGUCGUCGGGGCGACUGAUACGACAUACAGUGCUCAAACAGUUCGUACAUACCUGGCUAGAAGCAGUGCUGGGAGGAGUCGUUGGGGAGGAACUUUUGGCGAGCGCGCUGUGAUUGUUACUUACCUAGUAUUUCGGAGGACGUCAAUAUACUGCAAUGAAUGUUAACUUUAACUGGCACUCGCACAAUAAAGAAUCGACGAGUGCUAUGUCCUACUCCUCGUGAUACAUUCCAACGACCAAUGUCGUGCAAUUGCAUUAAAAAAUUCUAAUUCUAUUUUUUUCCGUUCCCCAAAGAAAGAUGGAUUAGUGGAAGAUUAUGGGUCAUUUUAGACCCUCAGUGUGGGAAGGUACUUGUAAAACGAGGUAUUUGUUGAUCACGCUUCUAAGCAAAACAAUCUUCGAACACUAAUUAAUAUUCAAUCAUGUACUUAGUUGAACUUUCCAUCAGGACGUACCACGAUCGCGUUGGUAGUCGAGAAGGACUAUUUGACAUGCACACAUGACAUGAUGGUUGCAAAAUCAUUGCCUUCACCGUAGUACUCAAAGAAGUACUAUGAUAUUACUAUUCUAUAUGGGCAGAAUAGAGACACCGAUCAAGG